AUGCAUAUCUCUUCUCUUCUCCCACUUACCCUUCUGCUCGGGUCUGUGUCCCCUGCUAAUGCGAUUCCGGUGGCUGAAGCUGCUGGUGGUGGUAUACAUGCUCGACAUGGGAACAACGAGUAUGGCUCAGAUCUAGUGAGCCGUGGUUCCUCCAACGCAAACAUUGUAGCUCGGGAUGGGCCUGCGUUCUGGAUGGAGUCCAUCAAGCACCAGGGCAUCUCGCCCUUCGGGCCUUCGGGGUAUACGACUUUCCGCAAUGUCAAGGACUUUGGAGCAAAGGGUGAUGGUGUCACGGAUGACACUGCUGCUAUCAACAAUGCUAUCAGCAGUGGUGCACGUUGCGGCCAGAACUGCUUCUCAAGCACGACCACGCCCGCAGUCGUGUACUUCCCCUCGGGCACGUACGUGGUUUCGGCGCCAAUCUUCGACUACUACAACACAAUCAUCAUUGGCAACCCGAAUGCGAUGCCAGUCAUCAAGGCAUCUUCCGGGUUCAACGGUGGCUAUCUAAUUGACGGAGAUCCUUACUUCAGUGCUGACCCGAACUGGCCUGCGACUACUGUGUUUUGGAGACAGGUCCGCAAUUUCGUCCUUGAUACCACUGAUGUCGCCGCAGGCACGCAGAUUAGUGGAAUCCACUGGCCCACUGCUCAGGCGACGAGCCUGCAGAAUAUUGUUUUCCAGCUCAGUGCGGACCAAGGGACUGAGCACCAGGGAAUCUUUUGUGAAAGUGGCUCUGCCGGUUUUGCGGGUGACCUCGUCUUCAACGGAGGCAAGAUUGGAGCAGCCCUCGGAAACCAGCAAUUUACCAUGCGCAACCUGACCUUCAACAAUGCGGUGACUGCGAUCAGCCACUUCUGGAACUGGGGCUGGACAUAUCAAGAAAUCAACAUCAACAACUGCCAGCUCGGAAUUGAUAUCUCGACCGGCGGUAGCGACCAGCAGAGCGUCGGCUCGAUUACCUUGUUUGACAGCUCCAUCACCAACACCCCCGUCGCCAUCAAAUCCGCUCGGUCAGACUCUUCGGCUCCCCAAACUGCCGGCAGCAUCAUUCUCGAAAAUGUUGCUCUUGACAACGUUGGUGUCGUGGUUGAGGGUCCCAAUAGCACGGUUUUGGCAGGUACCUCGGGCUCGAGUGUUAUUGCGGCCUGGGGUCAGGGUAAUCAGUAUACCCCUGCCGGCCCGACCAAAUUUGCCAGUGAUCUCACACCGGUCUCUCGCCCCGCAGGACUUUUGGAUGGUUCAAAGUAUUACCAGCGGUCGAAGCCACAGUACGAAUCUCUGUCAGCUUCCUCAUUCUCCAGCGUUCGUGAUGGUGGUGCCAAGGGCGAUGGAACGACCGACGACACGGCGGCACUCCAGAGUGUCAUCAAUAGCGCUGCUGGGUCUGGCAAUGUCGUGUACAUCGACGCUGGAGUCUACAAGGUUACCAGCACUCUGAUAAUCCCAGCCAACUCCAAGAUCGUUGGAGAGGCGUACCCUGUCAUCAUGUCUAGUGGAGACUUCUUCAACAACAUGGAUGCGCCAAAGCCUGUGAUUCAGGUUGGCCAGGCAGGUGAUCAGGGCCAGGUUGAACUCUCGGAUCUCAUUCUCAGCACCCAGGGACCUCAAGCUGGUGCCAUUCUUAUCGAGUGGAAUAUUGCCUCGUCAUCCGAGCCAGCUGGUCUCUGGGAUGUCCACGCCCGGGUUGGAGGAUUUGCGGGCUCCCAGCAGACUACUACGGAGUGUGCCAAAACACCUAACAGCUCGAACGUCGAUAACAACUGCAUUGCAGCCUACAUGCUCAUGCACGUAACUCCUUCGGCUUCCAACCUGUACAUGGAGAACUGUUGGCUUUGGGUUUCGGACCAUGACGUUGAUGUUCAGAGUGGAUCCGACGGCGGCCAGAUCACCAUCUACAGUGGCCGCGGUUUGAACAUUGAGAGCACGGCAGGCAAUAUCUGGCUGUCCGGCACAUCUGUCGAGCACAGCUCGCUCUACCAGUACCAGUUCGCAUCCACCAAGAACCACCACUUUCUCAAGCAAGAAAUGCUCACGCAAGAGGUAUACAGAUACUACCAACCAAAUCCCAAUGCCCUGACACCCUUCACACCAAACACUGCGAUUCACGACCCCGACUUCGCCACCAGCUGCAGCGGCAGCACAGGUAACUGCGCUAUGGGCUGGGGUCUCCGCGUCGUUAACUCGACAGACCUCCACGUAUACGGCGCAGGCCUGUACUCCUUCUUCAACAACUACGACGCCACCUGCUCCGUGUACGGCGGGCCCCAGAACUGCCAAAGCUCGAUUUUCAGCAUUGAAGGCACUUCUGCGAUUUCCGUGUAUAACCUUAAUGUCCUCGGCUCCCAGAGUAUGGUGGACAAGGAUGGAAAGAGCCUUGCGUCUUAUAGCGAUAAUAUCGGUGUCUUUACUAAUAACAUCGCUUAUUUUACUACCAACUGA